AUGGGGCUGCCACUAGCCCGCCUGGUGGCCUUCUGCCUGACUCUGACCUGGGCCGGGGGCUCAGAGCUCCGGAGAGAAGGCAGGACCCGGAACCACGGCCACAGCGUCUGCAGCACGUGGGGCGACUCCCACUACAAGACCUUCGACGGAGACAUCUUCCGCUUCCCCGGGCUGUGCGACUACAACUUCGCCUCUGACUGCCGGGACGCCUACCAGGAGUUCGCUGUGCACCUGAAACGGGGCCCCGGCCGCAGUGGGGGCCACCCCCAGGUCGAGUACAUCCUGCUGACCAUCAAGGAUGACACCAUCUACCUCACCAGCCAGCUCACUGUGGUGAACGGUGCCAUGGUCAGCAGCCCGCACUACAGCUCGGGGCUGCUCAUCGAGAAGAGUGAUGCCUACACCAAGGUCUAUUCCCGUGCUGGCCUCACGCUCAUGUGGAACCGGGAGGACUCGGUCAUGCUGGAGCUGGACAGUGUGUUCCGGAACCACACGUGUGGCCUCUGCGGUGACUACAACGGUCUGCAGACCUACUCUGAGUUCCUCUCCGAUGGCGUGCGCUUCAGUCCCAUCGAGUUUGGGAACAUGCAGAAGAUCGACAAGCCCGAGGAGGUGUGCGAUGGCCCCCAGGAGGUGCCGACCCCCCCGUCCUGCUCUGAGCACCGCGCCGAGUGCGAGAGGCUGCUGACGGACGCGGCCUUCGAGGACUGCCGGGACCUGGUGCCGCUGGAGCUGUACGUGCAGGCCUGCAUGCAGGACCGCUGCCAGUGCCCGCGUGGCACCUCCUGCGUCUGCAGCACCAUCGCCGAGUUCUCCCGCCAGUGUUCCCACGCCGGGGGCAGGCCGCGGAACUGGAGGACCGCCUCGCUCUGCCCUAAGAGCUGCCCCGCGAACAUGGUUUACCUGGAGAGCGGCUCGCCCUGCAUGGACACCUGCUCACACCUGGAGGUCAGCAGCCUGUGCGAGGAGCAUCGCAUGGACGGCUGUUUCUGCCCAGAAGGCACGGUGUACGAUGACAUCAAGGGUGGCGGCUGCAUCCCCGUGAACCAGUGUCACUGCAAGCUGCACGGACACCUGUACGCGCCUGGCCAACAGAUCACCAACAACUGCGAGCAGUGUGUCUGCAACGCCAGUCGCUGGGUGUGCCAGGACCUGCAGUGCCCCAGGACCUGUGCCCUGGAGGGCGGCGCCCACAUCACCACCUUCGACGGGAGGAAGUACACGUUCCACGGGGACUGCUACUACGUGCUGACCAAGGGCGCCCACAACGACUCCUAUGCCAUCCUGGGCGAGCUGACCCCCUGCGGCUCCACCGACAAGCAGACCUGCCUGAAGACGGUGGUGCUGCUGGCUGACAACAAGAAGAACGUGGUGGCCUUCAAGUUGGACGGCACCGUCCUGCUGAAUGAGCUGCAGGUGAACCUGCCCCACGUGACGGCGAGCUUCUCCAUCUUUCAACCGUCCUCCCACCACCUCGUCGUGACCACCGCCUUCGGCCUCAGGCUGCAGGUCCAGCUGGUGCCGGUCAUGCAGCUCUUCGUGAUGCUGGACCAUGCCGCCCAGGGGCUGGUGCAGGGCCUCUGCGGGAACUACAACGGCCUCGAAGGUGACGACUUCAAGACGGCAGGUGGGCUGGUGGAGGCCACGGGCGCCGGCUUCGCCAACACCUGGAAGGCGCAGUCGAGCUGCCACGACAAGCUGGACUGGCUGGAUGACCCCUGCUCCCUGAACAUCGAGAGCGCCAACUACGCUGAGCACUGGUGCUCCCUGCUGAAGAAGGCGGAGACCCCGUUCGGCAAGUGCCACUCCGCCGUGGACCCAGCCGAGUACUACAAGAGGUGCAAAUACGACACGUGCAACUGCCAGAGCACGGAGAACUGCAUGUGCGCGGCCCUGUCCUCCUACGCCCGCGCCUGCGCCGUCAAGGGCGUCAUGCUGUGGGGCUGGCGGGAGCGCGUCUGCAACAAGGACGUGGACUCCUGCCCCAGGUCGCAAGUCUUCCUGUACAACCUGACCACCUGCCAGAAGACCUGCCGCUCGCUGUCCGAGCCUGACACCCGCUGUCUCAAGGGCUUCGCGCCCGUGGACGGCUGCGGCUGCCCUGACCACACCUUCCUGGACCAGAAGGGCCACUGCGUGCCCCUGGCCGAGUGCUCCUGCUACCACAGUGGCCUCUACCUGGAGGCGGGCAAGGUCAUCCUGAGGCAGGAGGAGCGAUGCGUUUGCCGGAACGGGAGGCUGCGCUGCCUGCAGGUCAAGCUGCUCGGCCAGCGCUGUACGGCCCCGAAGAUCCACGUCGACUGCAACAACCUGACGGCGCUGGCCAUCCGGAACCCCAGGCCCGUCAGCUGCCAGACGCUGGCUGCCGGCUAUUACCAGACGGAGUGCGUCAGUGGCUGCGUGUGCCCCGAGGGGCUGGUUGACGAUGGCCGGGGCGGCUGCGUGGUGGAGGAGGCGUGCCCGUGUGUGCACAACAACGAUCUGUACUCCCCCGGCGACAAGAUCAGGGUGGAUUGCAACACCUGCACCUGCCAGAAAGGGCGCUGGGCGUGCACCCAGUCCGUGUGCCACGGCACCUGUGCCAUCUAUGGGAACAGCCACUACAUCACCUUCGAUGGGAAGUACUAUGACUUCGACGGACACUGCUCCUACGUGGCCGUUCAGGACUACUGUGGCCAGAACUCCUCACUGGGGUCCUUCAGCAUCAUCACCGAGAAGGUCCCCUGUGGCACCACGGGCGUCACCUGCUCCAAGGCCAUCAAGAUCUUCAUAGGGCGGACGGAGCUAAAGCUGGAGGACAAACACCGCAUGGUGAUACAGCGUGACGCGGGCCGCCACGUGGCCUACACCACGCGGGAAGUGGGCCAGUACCUGGUGGUGGAGGCCAGCGUCGGCAUCAUCGUCAUCUGGGACAAGAGGACCACCAUCUUCAUCAAGCUCGCCCCCUCCUACAAGGGCACUGUGUGUGGCCUGUGUGGGAACUUUGACCAGCGAUCCAGCAACGACUUCACCACGCGGGACCACAUGGUGGCGGAGGGUGGGCUGGAGUUUGGGAACAGCUGGAAGGCGGCCCCCACCUGUCCGGACGUGAACACCAUCCCCGAGCCGUGCACCCUGAAGCCGCACCGCCGCUCCUGGGCCGAGAAGCAGUGCAGUAUCAUCAAGGGCCCAGUCUUCGGGGUCUGCCACAGCAAGGUGGACCCCAAGCCCUUCUACGAGGCCUGCGUCCACGACACGUGCUCCUGCGACACGGGCGGAGACUGUGAGUGCUUGUGCUCUGCCGUGGCCGCCUACGCCCAGGAGUGCACCAAGGAGGGGGCCUGCGUGUUCUGGAGGAGGCCCGACCUGUGCCCCAUAUUCUGUGACUACUACAACCCCCCGGACGAGUGCCGGUGGCAUUACGAGCCCUGCGGGAACCGCAGCUUCGAGACGUGCAGGACGGUCAGCGGCAUCCACUCCAACAUCUCCGUGUCCUACCUGGAGGGCUGCUACCCCCGGUGCCCUAAGGAAAGUCCCAUCUACAACGAGGACCUGAAGAAGUGUGUCACACGGGACCAAUGUGGUUGCUACAUCGGGGACAUUCACUACCCACCUGGAACGUCUGUGCCCACGGAGCAGAUCUGCCACUCUUGCGUGUGUGACAACUCCUCGCAAGUUGUCUGCCGGCCAGAAAACGGGACGAUUCUCAACAAAACCGAGGACAGCCCCUUCUGCUACUGGGAAAUCUGUGACGUCAACGGGACGGUGCAGACGCACUUCAACAUCUGCGUGUACACCCCACCACCCUCGUCCCCCUCAACGCCUGCCACCACCACCUCUGUCACCUCCAUCACGCCCUCCACCACCACGAGCACCACUCCGACCACCAGUACAGGGCUAUGCUGCUUCUGGUCUGACUGGAUCAACGACGACCAUCCCAGGAUCGGCAGUGACGGUGGAGACCGAGAGACAUUCAACCGUGUCUGCAGGGCCCCCAAGGAUAUCGAGUGCAGGGUGGCCGUAGAGCCCCACCUCAGCUGGGAGGAGCUGGGCCAGGAGGCUCAGUGCAAUGUCUCCUUCGGGUUCAUCUGCAAGAACGAAGACCAGUUUCGAAACGGACCUUUUGGAGUCUGCUAUGACUACGAGAUACGAGUGUAUUGUUGCCUGCUGAUGGAUGAGUGUCCCACGACCCCGACCCCAACCACAACACCCAGCACCACUUCAACUGGGACUCCAACUCCCACCCCCACCACAACCUCAACAGAGACUCCAACCCCGACCACUACAGAGAUCCCAACCACAACACCCACCACCACUUCAACUGGGACUCCAACUCCGACCCCCACCACAACCUCAACAGAGACUCCAACUCCAACCACUCCAGAGACCGCAACCACAACACCCACCACCACACCCACCACCACCACCACCACCCCCACCACCUCCACCACCACAGAAACCCCCUCCCCCACCACUACCACAACCACAGAGACUCCAACCCCACCUCCCAACAUUAGCUCGCCAACCUCGGGUCCCACCUCCUCGAAGACCACUCCCACCCACGGAACCACGACUGGACCCCCUUCAUCCACCACAGGGCCCCCUUCCACACCCACACCCACUCCCAAGACUGUGUCAACGACUUCCACGGGAACUUCCACACCAAUAGGACACUCGUCGACCAUGCCACCCACACCACAGACCACCAGCACCUUGACCUCCAGUGUGACCACCCCCACGGUGAUCCCAUUAACCUCACCCAACAUCACCACGAGCACCGUCCCACUCGUCACCGCCACCCAGAGGAUAUGCUGCUAUUUGAAUGACACGUAUUAUGCCCCAGGUGAGCUGGUGUACAACAGCACACAAGGAGACACCUGCUACUACGUGAACUGCUCGCUGGAGUGCACCCUCGAGAUCUUCAACUGGUCCUGCCCAUCCACACCCUCCCCAACUCCCAGCCCAUCCAUACCCACCACCCGGCCAUCCAUGGCAUCCAGUGUGCCGUCCACCACCAAGCCCCCUGCAUGCCUGGACUUCGAUCCUCCCAGACAGGAGAACGAGGCCUGGUGGCUGUGUAACUGCACCAUGGCCAUCUGCAAGUACAACAACACCGUGGAGCUCGUGGAGGUGAAGUGCGACCCCCCACCCAUGCCCACCUGCUCCAACGGCCUCAUGCCAGUGCGCGUCGAGGACCCCGACAAGUGCUGCUGGCACUGGGAGUGUGACUGCUACUGCACGGGCUGGGGGGACACGCACUACGCCACCUUCGAUGGGCUCUACUACAGCUACCAGGGCAACUGCACGUACGUGCUGGUGGAGGAGAUCACCCCCACCAUAGACAACUUCGGGGUCUACGUCGACAACUACCACUGUGACGUCAGCAGCCAAGUGUCCUGCCCCCGCGCGCUCAUCGUGCGCCACGAGACCCAGGAGGUGCUGAUCAAGACCGUGCACACGAUGCCCAUGAGGGUGCAGGUGCAGGUCAACAGGCAGGCUGUGGCGCUGCCCUAUAAGAAGUACGGGCUGCAGGUGUACCAGUCAGGCAUCAAGUACGUGGUGGACAUCCCUGAGCUGGGCGCCCUCAUCUCCUACGACAGCCUUUCCUUCUCCAUCCGGCUGCCCUACCACCGGUUCAGCAACAACACGAAGGGCCGGUGUGGCACGUGCACCAACAACACCUCGGAUGAUUGCAUGCUGCCCAGCGGGGAGGUCGUCGCCAGCUGCGAGGUUGCGGCUGACCACUGGGUGGUGAAUGACCCCUCGGAGCCGCACUGUCCCCACAGGGGCUUCACCACCGAGCGACCGGCCACCUGGCCGUCAGGGGGCAGCAGCACGACCACCAGGACGGGCUCUCCGUCUCCACUCUGCGAGCUCAUCAAGGACAGCUUGUUCGCCCCGUGCCACGCUGUGGCAUCCCCCAAGCACUACUACGAAGCCUGCAUAUCCGACAGCUUCACUGUGCCCGACUCAAGCCUGGAGUGUGCCAGCCUGCAGACCUAUGCAGCCCUCUGUGCCCAGGAGGGCAUCUGUGUCGACUGGCGGAGCCACACUGGCGGAGCCUGCCUGGUGACGUGCCCGGAGCACCGAGAGUACCGGGCCUGUGGUCCCGUGGAGGAGCCCACCUGCAAGUCCAGCCACACCCAGGCAAAGAGCCCACGCCUGGUGGAAGGCUGCUUCUGUCCCAAGGGCACCACCAGCUACGCGUCCGGCUUCGACGUCUGCGUGGGCCUGUGCGGCUGCGUGGGGCCCGACAACUUGCCCAGAGAGUUUGGGGAGCACUUCGAGUUCGACUGCAAGGACUGCAUCUGCCUGGAGGGGGGCAGCGGCAUCAUCUGCAGGCCCAAGACAUGCCGCCCGGUACCCUUUGUGGAGUGCAAGGAGGACGGCACCUACACUGUCACAGAGGUCGACCCCGCCAACACCUGCUGCAACAUCACCUCCUGCGCGUGCAACGCCAGCCUGUGUAGGGGGAAGCCCCCGCUGUGCCCGCUGGGCUUCGAGGUGAAGAGCGAGAUGGUCCCUGGGAGGUGCUGCCCCUUCUACUCGUGUGUGCCCAAGGGCGUGUGUGUUUUCAAGAACGCUGAGUACCAGCCCGGUUCUCCAGUCUUCUCCUCCAAGUGCGAGAACUGCAUGUGCACCAAACACAGACACAACGCCACGCAGCUCAACAACAUCUCCUGCACCCACGUGCCUUGCAACACCUCCUGCAACCGCGGCUUUGAGCUGGUGGACGUCCCCGGUGAGUGUUGCAAGAAGUGCCAGCAGACCCAGUGCAUCAUCGUCAUCAACCGGCCCGGCAGCCAGAACCUGGUCCUGAAGGGCUCCAUCACACUCAUGCCCAAUGGCUGCUGCAGGAAAUGCCUCCCUCGCAAUGAGACCAGGAUCUUCUGCUCCACCGUCCCUGUCGUCAGGGAAAUUUCGCACAAUGGCUGCACCAAGUUGGUCACCAUGAACGAUUGCUCCGGGUCCUGCGAGACCUUCGCCAUGUACUCGGCCAAGGCCCAGUCCCUGGACCACAGCUGCUCCUGCUGCAAGGAGCAGAGCACCAGCCAGCGGGAGGUGAUGCUGCAGUGCCCGGGCGGGGGCUUGCUCCGUCACACCUACACCCACAUCGACAGCUGUCUGUGCCAGGACACCGUGUGCGAGCUGCCCCCCCAGCGCAGGGCCCGGCGCUCUGGCCCCAGGGACCUGGGCCCGGGGCGGGGGUGA